AUAUUUUCUUUACCUCUCUCUUUUGUUUGUCUCUUUCUCUCUCCCUUUCAGUGAAUUUGUGAUUGCAAUUGCAGUGACUCUGCAGAAGAAAGAGCUUACAAGAUGGGAACCGCUGCAAUAGCUCGUAACAUCGUUGGCAUCAUCGGCAAUGUCAUCUCCUUCGGCUUGUUCUUCUCACCAGCUCCAACAUUCUAUGGAAUUAUAAAGAAGAAAUCCGUGGAGGAGUUCAAACCCGAUCCUUACCUAGCUACGCUAAUGAAUUGUGCGUUUUGGGUGUUUUAUGGAUUGCCUUUUGUGCACCCACACAGCCUUUUAGUCAUCACUGUUAAUAGCGUUGGACUUGGAUUCGAGGUCGUUUAUCUCACCAUAUUUUAUAUCUACUCCACUAAGAAAGGACGGAAAAAAAUACUGCUUUUUCUGCUAAUUGAGGCUAUUUUCUUUGCUGCCAUUGCUCUUAUAACAAUGCUGGCCUUGCAUGGCACUCGCAAAAGGUCUUUAGUGGUUGGUGUUCUAUGUGAUGUCUUCAAUGUGAUGAUGUAUGUCUCUCCUCUUACAAUCAUGGCCAAGGUGAUAAAAACUAAGAGCGUGAAGUAUAUGCCAUUUUGGCUCUCACUGGCUAACUUUCUUAAUGGUGUGGCUUGGACGACAUAUGCUCUUAUUCACCCCUUUGACAUUUAUGUCCUGGCGGGCAAUGGUAUUGGAGUAAUCUCUGGACUUGUUCAACUUAUACUAUAUGCUUGCUAUUUCUCUUACAAAGGUGAUGGUGAAGGCGACGAUAAGGAGAAUGUCGACGUUCAGCUCUCUACGUUAAACGGAAGCGUUGCAAUAUGAUGAACACCAAAUAAUUAUAAUAUUGAAUCUUUGUUACCUCUGUUGCAAAUGCACUAAUAAUUGGAUAUUUAUAGUAUGUGUUUCCUAUAACUCCUUAAAACUAUACGCGCUUUAUAUACAUUCAUGGAAAAGAAAAUGAUAUUUGUCCUCUUCCAUUAUUUAC